GGCAUCUUCUGAGAUCAUCUUGUUUCAUCUUCAUCCCACCCAGCCUUGUCAUUCGACCAAUGGUCCGGACCCCGUAUAGAAUGCUCUAGCGACCCCUCUGUGCCGCUGCCAAGCUUUGUUUCUCUGAGAUUUAGACCGCGCGACCGCCAGAACAUGCCCAAUACGUCAUGCCUGAACAGCAGCGCCCAUCGGUCUCCCAGCACGCCGCCUCCUUCCAAUCAGGCGUCAAUUUGAACCCUUCAAGCUCGUCGUAUCUCCGUCAAAGACCCCUAGGACGAGCAGCGACAUUCGCCGAUGCUGGGAACUCCUCCAGCUUUCGCCGCAACUCCGCUAUUUCCGACACCGUCUCCGAAGCCAGGCAAUCGCUACGAGAUUCCACCGACGAUAUCCUCUUUCCGCGCGCAGACAAAGGCGAGAAUAUCGCAUUGCAUCAUGACGACUCGCACUGGCAAUCGGCUCCCCUUGCGCUCGCUUUGUUGCCUGCUGUGGGAGGAUUGUUUUUCCAGAACGGAAGUGCCUUCAUAACGGACGCGACUUUACUAAUCCUAGCCGCUAUUUUCUUAAACUGGUCGGUCAGAUUACCAUGGGAUUGGUAUCGGUCCGCACAGGAAGUGCGCCAGCAGUCCACCGAGGAGUUUCUCGAGGACAUCAACGAGGAAGAGAAUGAGGAUGGCUCAGAAGCACACGAAAAAUCUCCGCGUAAAGAUUUUGCCACCGCAUCUCAUGCCGCCACAAAGGAACUACACAAGCAUGAAUUUGCUGCGUUGAUAUCAUGUUUCGUGUUCCCGCUCAUCGGCGCCUGGCUUCUGCAUACAAUCAGAGGGGCUCUUUCGCGACCCUCCGAAGGCCUAGUAUCUAACUACAAUCUAACCAUUUUUCUUCUGGCUGCGGAAAUCCGCCCAUUUGCCCAUUUACUACGUAUGGUUCAAGCUCGAACACUCUACCUGCAACGAAUAGUAGCGGCUCCAGUAUUCGACGAUGAUGCGAAAAUCGAUGAAACCAAAGUCAUCGAUUUGGCCAGACGCUUAGAGGAAUUGGAGGCGCACGUGGCAGACAAAGCCAUUGCUAAUUCAUCCCAGAAUGCGAACGAGGUCGUAUCACCGGACCAGGCUGACUCAACCGCACAAUUAGUGGCAGAAGUCCACAAGGCCAUCCAGCCUGAACUCGAUGCACUCACCCGUGCAGUUCGGCGGUAUGAAAAGAGGACCGCGUUGAUCGCGACCCAAACAGAUGCUCGACUAAACGAACUCGAAACACAAGUCGGAGACGCCAUUGCCCUGGCCGCUGCCGCUCAAAGGUCGAUUUCAGAUCGACACCAGAGCUUUGCCCUUAUUUUCCUAGACUGGAUAUCUGCGAUUGUGGUUAUCCCAGUUCAGACGCUUAUCCAACUCAUCAACCUCCCAGCGCGCACUGCAUCGUGGUGUCUCAAUAGUAUCAAAGUUCUGUUGAUGGGCAACAGAAAGUUGCGGAAAAUCAAUAAAGGUAAAAAGCCUCAAGCACGAACUGCAGCUCCUCUUCGACGUACUUCUCCUUCAACGAAGAGGAAUACGACAUUGAAUUUAUCGUGAUAACGAUACUUGCGAUUGAUUUAACGUCUCUCUUUCUCUUUUCUUUAUCAAAACUUAUAAUAUAUACUCUGAGUGGAGCGAUCUUAUUGAGAAUGACUCGAACAGUUUUUCUCCAUGCCAUAAUCGGAACAUAAUUUUCGGGUUCUUCAACAACACUAUAUCCAUGAAAUGAUUUGAUAUGUAUUAAAACUUUAAUUUGAAUACCAAUAAAAUUGGGUUGAAUUGUUUACAGCUAGGGUGGCCACAGAAACUGAAAUUUCCUGUGAGAAAUAUGCGUAAGAUUAUUUUCUAUUAAUUUUCUCUACUUUAAUUAAUUUUAG